AAAGAUGAUGACGUGUAAUCAGCCAAGUGAAAGUGGAACAUAAAGUAACAGUAGACUGGCAGCCACACUAUUUAUUCCCACUUCACCUUCAUCCUCACUCGCUCUCUAUUCUUUCCUAUUUUGGUUCUAAUUUUGCUGUAAAACGCAAAGCUCGAACUCGCCAGCUUAAUCUUAUCUCUAAACCCUAAGCUGUUCGCGGUUCAAUUAUCAGGCAUGAAGCUCAUUUCUCAGGCGAGUCCUUCGUGUUCUGUUCCCACUGAAAUAACCAGGUGUAGAACAGGGCAGAAUGUAGCUUUUGGUUCAUUUAAUAGCAUUGGUGCAUCUAAAUUAAAGGAGACAUUUGUCGGAUUCUCUUCAUUGUCAUGUAAUUCUAACAAGAUGCCUAUGGUAUCAAGCUCGGAGUGUUCGUGGGUAAGAAACAGAAGAGGGAAUCUAAUGACUGUAGCUGCAAGCCCUCCUACUGAAGAUGCUGUGAUUGCUACAGAACCACUGACUAAAGAGGAUCUUGUAGCGUACCUUGCCUCAGGCUGCAAGCCUAAAGAAAAUUGGAGAAUAGGUACAGAACAUGAGAAGUUUGGAUUUGAACUUGGAACUUUAAAUCCUAUGAAAUAUGAGCAAAUUGCAGAAUUGCUCAACGGUAUUGCUGAGAGAUUUGACUGGGAAAAAGUAAUGGAAGGUGAAUACAUCAUAGGACUUAAGCAGGGGAAGCAAAGCAUAUCACUAGAGCCAGGAGGUCAGUUUGAGCUUAGCGGUGCCCCACUUGAAACUUUGCAUCAAACUUGUGCUGAAGUCAAUUCACACCUUUAUCAGGUUAAAGCUGUUACAGAAGAAAUGGGAAUUGGAUUUUUAGGAAUUGGCUUCCAGCCCAAAUGGAAGAUCAAAGAUAUACCUGUUAUGCCCAAGGGAAGAUAUGAGAUCAUGAGGAAUUACAUGCCUAAAGUGGGCUCGCUAGGACUUGAUAUGAUGUUCAGGACAUGCACUGUUCAGGUUAAUCUGGACUUCAGUUCUGAAGCUGACAUGAUAAGAAAAUUUCGCGCUGGUCUUGCUUUGCAGCCGAUAGCAACAGCGCUAUUUGCAAAUUCACCUUUCACCGAAGGAAAGCCAAAUGGUUAUCUCAGCAUGAGAAGCCAAAUUUGGACUGAUACUGACAACAACCGCACUGGCAUGCUGCCUUUUGUUUUUGAUGACUCAUUCGGGUUUGAGCAGUAUGUGGAUUACGCCCUUGAUGUUCCUAUGUAUUUUGUAUAUCGGAAGAAGAAAUACAUUGACUGCACUGGAAUGACUUUCAGGGACUUCCUGGAUGGAAAGCUCCCUAGCAUUCCUGGUGAAUUUCCUACCCUUAAUGAUUGGGAGAACCACUUGACAACAAUUUUUCCUGAGGUGAGACUGAAGAGAUACUUGGAGAUGAGAGGUGCUGACGGAGGGCCUUGGAGGAGGUUGUGUGCGUUGCCAGCAUUUUGGGUAGGCUUGUUAUAUGAUGAAAUCUCACUUCAAAGUGUGCUGGACUUGACAGCUGAUUGGACUGCUGGAGAAAGACAGAUGUUGAGGAACAAGGUUACAAAGACUGGUCUGAAGACACCAUUUCGGGAUGGAUUACUGAGGCAUGUCGCCGAAGAUGUAGUAAAGCUGGCUAAGGAUGGCUUAGAGAGAAGAGGAUUCAAGGAAGUUGGGUUCUUGAAUGAGGUGGCUGAGGUGGUUCGAACAGGUGUAACACCAGCGGAAAAGCUUUUGGAGUUGUACAAUGGGAAGUGGGGCCAAUCUGUAGAUCCUGUUUUCGAAGAAUUACUCUACUGAGGUGAUGUAGAUUCUCAUGGCGCUAGCGGUUUCUGUCUGUAUUGAAGAAGUUUUGGAUGCAAAACUUGUUUUAAUUUCUUAUCAAUUCCACCAUCCAAGGUUGGUGACAUAUUAUUGCAUAGGAAUAAGUAAUGUAAAUCGUUGGCAUAAGGAAUCUUCUGUAGUUCAUUGAUUAUAACUUACUUUGAUCAAGUUGUGCUCGCAACUAUUAAUUGAUUUUGUUAGACAA